AUAAUAAUAUUCAAUAAUCAAUUUCAAUGUCAUACUUUAUCAAUUAGUAGAACUAUAACAGUACAAACAAUACAUUUCCUAAUUAUCUUCGACAUUUUCUUUAUUAUUCUUAGUUUAUACAAGUAUUAAUUUUUGGAUGCAUUAAAAAUGAGUUUUCUUUGUUGUAAUUUCAGGAUAUUAUAAAAAUCACACCAAAGGACACAUUGUUGAGAACUUUCAAACUAUUUUAUAUAAAUUAUUAUAUGUAGUUCAUCUAAGGAGAAAAUAGAGAUUUAAAAAUUAACUAUGAAUGUAGAAAGUGCAGCUAUUAACAUUUUAAAACGUGGUGUGGAGUUAGAUACAAAGAAACGAUAUACUGAAGCACUAGUUUGUUAUCAAGAAGGACUACAAAUUCUUGUGGACAAGAUAAAAGGUGAAACAGAUGAAACUACUAGAAGCUAUUUACGAAAAAAAGUAGAAGAGUAUAUGAAUAGAGCUGAAUGUAUAAAGAAAUUAGUUUCAAAGCAGAAAGAAGUUGGCCAGUUUCAUGAACAAGUUCAUAUUGAAAAUGAUUCUACAGGACAUAGCUAUAAGAAUUUAUUUGGACGUUUUCUAGAUGAGGAUGUACAGUUUGUAAUUAUUGAAGAUCCCUACAUAAGAAGUUUUCACCAGUGCCAAAAUUUUCUUCGUGUAUGUGAGUUAUUGGUGAAGUCUUGUGAUAAACUGAGGCACAUAGAACUAUUAACAUCCAAGGACAACAAAACGGAUAAAGACCAAAUCAACUGGCUGAACAACAUAUCCAUUGACCUGCUCAAAUAUAAUGUGGAAUUAAUAGUAAAAUUUUCGGAAACACUUCAUGAUAGACAAAUUAUCCUUAGUUCUGGAUGGAUUGUAAAAAUAGGCAGAGGCUUAGAUUUCUACAAAGCAACUGAGAACAAAUUCUGCUUAGGAAUGCAUGAUCUCGAUUUAAGACCAUGUCAUGAGACUACAGUUGACAUUUUACAUUCAAAGAAUAUUAAGCAAUCAUAUGGUUGAUAGUGUAAGCUUUGUAUAGUAUUUAAUAUGACACAACAGCUGUCUUGUGAUGUUAUAUGGAUAAAAAGUAUUUUUCUAAAUGAGAUCUUAAGAUCUAAAGCUAAGCACAAGAAAUAGGUAUAUUUGCUUUAAUAUUUGUGUGAACUUAAAAUUUUUCUUCAAGUAACUAUUUGGAAUAUUAAGAUUUUCAAUCAAGUAACUGUACAUUAAACAAACCAAAGUAUAACAAAUGAGUUGUCAAAAUAAUUGUAGAAUUAGCAAUUAUGUUUCCCGAGUAUAAUUGCAACUUGUAAAUAACACGUCUUGUAAUCAAUGAAAUAUGUGUUGCAUAGAUACUCUCACAUUGACUAUUGUAUAGACGCAAUAUAUACAAUAUUAAGAAUAUUUCAGACUUUUGUGAAUUAUAAUUUAAACGUUUUUUUUAAAAUGUGUAUUGUUAAUUAAUUUAUUUUGAUAAUGUGAUGUCAAUAUACAUAGGAAGUGAGUGACUAUUUAAGAUAAUUUAUACUUAUUAUAAAAAGGUGCUGAAAUAAAAUAAAAAAAGGAAUUGACUGAA